GCCUUGUCCGCGCACAUGACACAUCGCCUCGUCAGUGUCGCAGCAGCAGGGUCAAGCCGAAGCGCUACCCAUGGGUCGCCUCACCUCCCCCGCCGCCGCCGGAACUCAAGCCGGCGAGGCGGAAGCGGAGCGGCCGGGAUCCCGCCGAAGCUGCGGAACGGCAAGUGGGCGGGGCAUCUGGUUCAACGGCGGAUCUCGCCACGGGGAAGCCGAACCUCGCCGCUGGGUUGGGAGAUAAACAUCCUUUUCCGGCGAUGCGGAAGCGGUGCGACCAGAUCCUGGCGACGCUGCGGGAAGGACAAGCGGAGCAUCUGGUUCAACGCCCCCGUGGAGGUCGACCGCCUCGGGCUCCACGACUACCACACCGUCAUCAAGUGGGAGAUUACCCUGGAGGAGAAGAACUUGCUGAGGGUUGGGUUGGAGAGCUUGCCAGAGAAGAAGAUGCAUAAUGUGCUGCAGAUUGUGCGGAAGAGGAACGGCAAUCCUGAGCUGGUUGGGGGUGAGAUCGAGCUGGAUAUUGAUGAGAUGGAUGUCGAGACACAGUGGGAGCUUGAUCGAUUCGUCAACAACUUCAAGAAGGCGCUCAACAAGAGUCGACGGGCUGCCAUUGUUAAUGGUGAAAAUGCCGAUGUCAUUGAUGCUUCCGUGGCUAAUGAUAGUUAUGUGCUGGUGAAUGGCAGUACCGCUACGAUGGUGGACAACGGUGACGUGGCAAUGGCAAUAGAGAGCAAGGAUCCUGACAAGAUCACUACACAGGCCGAGCAGUUGGAUGAGUAUGUAGAUAUCGGGGAUGAAAUGCCAACAGCAACUUACCAAUCAGUGGAGAUUGAGAAGGAUACUGAGGUCGCGAGCGAUUCGGGGAGCUCAAAGGACAGCGUCUCAGAAUUUGGCAAUGCCCUUUCUCUGGUGUAAGGUGGCCAAUCUAACAGUAGGAUACGAGUAGGUGGAUGGUAAAUUUCCUUGUGUGAUUGGUGCUGUGGAUACACCAAAGUGUUGGUGUUUUGUAAGUUGAUUAAGGGUGUGUUUUUCCACGCCAAAAUUGGAAGUUUGAAGAAAUUGGAACGAUAUGACGGAAAAGUUGGAAGUUUACGUGUGUAGAAAAGUUCGAUGUGACGAAAAAGUUGAAAGUUUGAAGAAAAAAGUUGAAAUCUAAACAAGGCCUAAGAGGAGUCGGUAUCUGCUUGGAUUUAGUCAAGAUAGUUUGUAGUGAGUGAACUGGCUUUGUGGGUGUUCUGAUAGUGCAGGUGUCCUUUGUACAUAUAAGUGAAAAGUGGAGAUUACGGUAGCCAUUUACUGACUGGUAGUUCACCAGGCUUUCU